UCUUUUUGUUUGUUUGUUUAGCAUAGCCAUUGCCAUUAUUAUCCCUUUUCCUCUACACGGUACAACCAUCCAACGGUGUUCUCAUAAUAUGGCUCACUCUGUUGCAUGCUCAUCUCUGGUCUCCCCCAAAAGGUACGAUGUAUUUAUUAGCUUCCGAGGGGAGGACAUCCGCACCGGCUUCACCAGCCAUCUUCAUAAGGCUCUUACCAACAAGGGAAUCGAAACAUUCAUAGAUUAUCAACUUGAAAGAGGAGAUGGCAUUUGGGAUUCACUUUGUAAAGCAAUCGAAAACUCAUACAUAUCGGUGGUCGUCUUUUCUAGACACUACGCUUCCUCAACAUGGUGCUUGAAAGAACUGGUGAAAAUAAUGGAGUGCAGAAAACAUCUAGGGCUGCUUGUUAUUCCUGUGUUCUACAAUACAGAUCCAUCACAGGUACGCUAUCAGAGAGAGACUUAUCAGGAAGCUUUUUCUGAACAGGAACGGAAUCUCCGGAACCGGAACGAUGAAUCCGAAGAGCGUAGGUGGAGGGCUGCUCUGGCUGAAGCCACAGAUCUAUCUGGAUUCGACUCACAAAGUAGGGACGAAUCUCUACUCAUCAAGGACAUUGUCAAAGAUGUUUUGCAAAAGCUAUUGGAAUUUGGAUAUUCCAAUACCACAAAAAGGCUUGUUGGAAUCGAAGAAACUCGUAAACACGUUGAGUUAUUACUCAAAAAUGCUCAAAGAAUUGGAAUUUGGGGUAUUGGGGGAAUAGGAAAGACGACAAUUGCUAAAGUUGUGUUUACCAUCCUCACUCCCCACUAUGAUAGUGUUUGCUUCUUGGAAAAUAUAACAGAAGAAUCAAAAUAUGGCGAAUUGGCAUAUUUACGUGGAAAGCUCUUGGAGCAACUAAAGCAAAUUAAUCCUAUAGGUAAGGUUGUAGGAACUAAACUCACAACAAGAAGCCUGAAAAAAGCUCUCAUUGUGCUUGAUGGUGUGGAUACUCUUGAGCAAUUAGAGUACUUGUGUGAAGAGUCUAAAGUUCUUGAUGACCUACCAGAAGAUAGCAGAGUCAUCAUUACAACAAGAAAUAGGUGUUUGCUUACUAACAAAGUAGAUGAGAUAUACGAGGUCAAGGCAUUGAGCCCUGAAGAAUCUCUAAAGCUUUUUAGCCUUAGAGCCUUUAGGGAAAUCCAUCCCAAAGAGGGAUAUGAGGAACUCUCAAAACGAGCAGUAGAAUAUGCAGGAGGUAUUCCAUUUGCUCUAAAUGCACUGGGUUCAUAUUUAUCCUCUUCGAGAUCACUGGAUAAAGAUUUUUGGGAAAGCACUAUGAGAAAACUUGAAAACUCCCCUAAUGUAGAAAUUCAAGAGGUGUUAAGGUAUUAGAUUGUCUGCAGCCAAAGAUACUUUGCCACAAAAGUAGAAGACCGUGUCAAGAAGAUACUACAUGCUUGCAAUUGAUUCGAACCAAACAAUGGACUGGUCGAACUUAAACAUAAAACUUUAAUAUGUACUACAUCUUAUGACAAGAGAAUACAAAUGCAUGACUUGUUACAAGAAAUGGCUUUGGCGAUAGUGCAUGCACCAAGAAGCUGAACUGGAUCUUGGAGGCUGUAGCAGAUUGAGGGAUGUCAAAGACAUUCGUGUUAAGUACUUAGUACUUUAAAACAACACAGGAACUAACACAGUGGAAGGCAUACUUUUGGACAUAUCUCAGAUAGAAGAUUUACAGUUUAGUUCGAUAUAUUAAAAAGAUGAAUAGGAUAAGAUUUCUAAAAUUCUAUUUCGCCAAAGGUAGUUCCUGUGGUGAGUACCUAUCUGAAGGCCUUACACAGUUUCGUAAAGAAUUAAGGUGCCACGGCAAUGUGGAAGAGCUUUGGCAGGGAAAAAGGUAUAUGUAUCUGUAUAUAUAUUUACUUUCCGAGAUCAAUCAAAAUUUUAUUAAAAGAUUUUCAGCUGUGAUGUUUCCUUUCAACUUGUUGCAGGAUCUUAACAAUCUAGAAAUGAUUGAUCUGAGUGAAUGUAGAAAGUUAAUGAACCUUCCAGAUAUGUCUAAUGCAUCAAGACUUUAGGUGGGUGAAUCUCUCUGGUUUAGAGAAGUUGUGUCAUCUUCAUGAAUCAGUUCUAUCUGCUCUUACUGUGAUACUGGACAACUGCAAAGCUCUCAUUCAGGUUAAAAGGGAGAAGCACUUAAUAGUUAAUAUCUAAGCAGGACAGCAAUUGAAACAUUGCACACAUCCAUUAGGAUUCUAAACAAUCUUAAGCCCCUUAAGACUUGAGCAUCUUCCAAAUGAGUUGCCUGGCUUGAAAUCCCUAAAAUAUCUUAAUCUUUUUCACGGUGAAGUGGAAUUUCAGAAAGACCAGCUAUAUGUCCUGUUUAAUGGCUUAGUAUCGCUACAAAUAUUGCAUUUUAAGGAUUGUAGUAAAUUGAUUGAGCUCCCUGACAAUAUCAGCCUCUUAUCAGAAUUACAUGAACCAAAGGCUUAAUGGGAGCUGUAUAAUGACAUUACUAGCUAACAUAAAAAUACUUCAGCUAGAAACUGUCCUUGGAGAAUUGCAAUCAGCUUCAAUUAUUGUUUCUUAUAUUAUGUCA